AUGCUGUAUGACUUGGCUCUCGCUGUUAUUGAUCUUCUUGCUGAUAAGCUUGACUCUAAUGAUUUGAUCUUCUGCAGUACUUCGGGAUGCCCAUUUGGGGAAGGAUGCCACUUCUUGCAUUAUGUACCUGGAGGCCUUAAAGCUGUAACUCAAAUGCUUGGCAGCAACCCAGCUCUUCCAGCAGCUUCUAGAAAUUCAAUAGCACCGUCUUUCCCUGAUGGAUCAUCUCCUCCAGCUGUUAAGACUCGUCUCUGCAACAAAUUCAACACCGCUGAAGGUUGCAAAUUUGGUGACAAAUGUAAUUUUGCCCAUGGUGAGUGGGAGCUCGGCAAGCCAAUGGCUCCAUUGCAUGAGGAGUCCCAUGGUAGGUUCCAGACGCAUGGAAGGUAUGGUAGUCGACCAGAGACAACUCCUGCAGGUCUUGGAGCAGCUGCCAGCUUUGGGUCCUCUGCGACUGCUAAGAUCAGUGUAGAUGCCUCUCUUGCCGGACCUAUUAUUGGAAAAGGCGGUGUCAACUCAAAGCAAAUAAGCCGUGUGACUGGAGCCAAAUUUUCCAUUAGGGAUCAUGAGUCGGAUCCUAACUUGAGGAAUAUAGAACUUGAAGGUACAAUUGAUCAGAUUGGACAAGCCAGUCAAAUGGUUCGUGAGCUUAUUCAGAGCGUUACAGCAAAAUCUGCGGCACCCAUGAUGAAGAAUCCCAGCUCCACUGCAACAAGCAACUUUAAAACAAAAAUUUGUGAGAACUUUGCUAAAGGGUUGUGCACUUUUGGAGAAAGGUGCCACUUUGCACAUGGAGCAGAAGAAUUGCGUAGAUCAGGUCCAUGAGCUUUGCAGUAUUUACUAUUAGGGGGUAUUCUCUUUUUGGCUGUUAUCUGUUUUUAUCUGGGUUUGUGAAAAUACUAGAUAGGUGUUUUUGCCAUUCGGCGUCUCUUGGUUUUUGAGGCUUGUAGUUAGAUCUUUAAUGUGCUGCUUUCUCAUGACUUCGUUGCUUUUAUCUUGUUUGCUGUUCUUUUAAUCAUAACCUAGUUACUGUUAUUGAUAUGGAAUUGUAGUAUGUUUUGCUUGAG